GCCGGCGCGCGGCUCCCGCCUCCUUCCCUCGGCGCCCGCUCCCGCCUCCCUCCCUUUCCGCUGCCGAGGCGGCGGGAGCCGAGCCCCAGCGGACCGAGCCGCGGCCGCAGCGGGCGGCGGGCGCAGAGGCGGCGGCGGGGUGGUCUGGCGACGGCGAUGCGGCGGCCGCUCUGAGCCUGCCCGCUCCAGGCGCCGGGGGAACCGGCCGCGCGGGGCGGCAGCAUGCGGGGCGGCGAGGAGCUGGACGGCUUCGAGGGCGAGGCCUCGAGCACCUCCAUGAUCUCGGGCGCCAGCAGCCCGUACCAACCCACCACCGAGCCGGUGAGCCAGCGCCGCGGGCUGGCCGGCCUGCGCUGCGACCCCGACUACCUGCGCGGCGCGCUCGGCCGCCUCAAGGUCGCCCAAGUGAUUUUGGCCCUGAUUGCAUUUAUCUGCAUCGAGACUAUCAUGGAGUGCUCCCCGUGCGAAGGCCUCUACUUCUUUGAGUUCGUAAGCUGCAGUGCAUUUGUGGUGACUGGGGUCCUGCUGAUUCUCUUCAGCCUCAACCUUCAUAUGAGGAUCCCCCAGAUCAACUGGAAUCUAACAGAUUUGGUCAACACUGGACUCAGCACUUUCUUCUUCUUUAUCGCCUCAAUUGUAUUGGCUGCUCUAAACCAUAAAACCGGAGCAGAAAUUGCUGCCGUGAUAUUUGGCUUCUUGGCAACAGCAGCCUAUGCAGUGAGCACGUUCCUGGCCGUGCAGAAAUGGAGAGUCAGCAUCCGCCAGCAGAGCGCCAAUGACUACAUCCGCGCUCACACCGAGUCGAGAGAUGUGGACAGCCGCCCUGAGAUCCAGCGCCUGGACACAUGAGAACAUCUGGAGUCCUCCCACUGCCCUCAUGCCCGUCCUUCUAAUCAAAUUUUCUUUCUCUUAGCACGUCAGAUUUUUGUGUGAACCAGCUGAAUUUUGUCCUGUUCGGUAAAAGUUCACUUUGGGAAAGGUUGCCUAGAGAGGCCCAGUGACUGAUCUGUGAUGGGCCAAAGAGGCCAGGUCCUCUGGCAUUGGGUGCCUGUAGGAGCAGCCAACUUUAUUGACUGCUCUAGGUCUUAACUGUCCAUCUCAGAAUGCACCGUCUCACCUGACUCUGAGCCACCCUGUCAUGUGUAUUUGUGAUGAGUCAAAACCUUAUUAAAUGGCAUUGAGAAGGGAAAUCUAUGUCACAAGACAGAAGCACAGGGACGGGACAGCCAGUGAGGUACGUGGACAGUGAGCUGGGGUGCUGAGUCUGUUAGACCCACCCUCCUUGUGCUCUAUUCCCAGAGCAUCUAGGCAGGCAGCAUGGUCAGAGUGGGACUCUGAGGGUUGACGAAAGGAUGUGCUCCUGUAACUUCCUUGCCAGGCUUGUAUGUUACAGGGAUAGGAAAAGCUAGUGUCCUAUGGGGACAGCUCUGUGAGACUGACUCCCCCCCAGAACAGUGACCAUUUGUCUCCUGCCCUGCUGAGAAAUCACUUGAUUCUUCCUCACGUGAAUCACCUUCCUGUGAGCCAUACUUACCUUCCAGGAUGGGGGAACAUCAUGUUUGCUGGGGUCCUGCCUACCUUACUUAAAUAUCCUGAGGCUGAGGUGCAGUUUCGGCACUUUUACCUUCUCAGGUGAAAGCUGCAGAGGAAGCAGCCUUCCCGUUAGCCCAGGCACUUUGUCCACUUGCUGGUCUUAUAGAUCACAUGUGUGUAUGUGUGUGUUACAGAGUGGCACACUCAAACUCACACUUCUAUUGUGUGGACAUGUGUAAUUUUCUGAAUAUCUGAGACAAGCUCUAAAGUGAUUUCGACCGAGUCAGUUUAUCUAGGAUUUGGAAAUACUUGAAUCUGCACUAGGAUGCGUCCUUCCACAGAUGUUCCAUAAGGCACUGCUGCCAUUCUGGGCACCGGAGUGUCUUCACUAUGAUCAAAAGUCCUGGAACAUGUUAGGAAUCCUAGUUCUAUAUGGCUUUUGGAUUGGUUCUUGAUAAACUGAAGAUUAUUUUUAUGCUGAGUGAAUUAAACAGGCCCCUAUGAUGCUGUAAUUUUGUUGCUAGAGACUAUAUUUUUUUUGGAAAGUUGUUUUAACAUGUCAGGUUCUCACUCUGAACUGUUGAUGUUUACAGAUCUUGUAGCUCUAAGAUUUUGUGGCUAGCCUCACCAAGGAGAAGAUAUGGCUGGCGGGAGGAUAGUGUGGUGGUAGGUGUGGUGGUAGAGAGCCCCCACUGUCACCUAAGGACUGUUCACAACCUGAGCGCUGUCCUUCGUAGUUUAUAACCCAGAAGUGGGUGGCAAGGCUGGGGAGGAGUCUGAGGAGGUGCUCCCUGGGCAUUAUUCAGGUAAGAGCAGUGUCAUAAGGUUGAAUGGCAAAGAGUGGCUAUUGUCAGACCCCACUGCAGGGCUCAGGAGUCCACAGGAAAUAGGGUCAGCCUGUGUCUAAUUGGGGGCAGGGUGGGGGAGUACUAGGAGCUGGCUCCCUAAACCCAAUAUCCAGUGUAAUCCAGUUCUGCUGCAGUUCCAGGUUGGCAGUAGUCCAGUCCCAUGUUCAGAGGAUGACCCAGCUAGUCUGGUAUACCUCCCCUCCCUGCUUCUCUUCUCCUCCAGAGGUCAGCCAGGGUCUGGCCCUUGCCCAGCUCCUGAUGGAGAGCUUUCUGUUUGCUGGACGUGUUGAAUCAGUCGGUCAGUGCACAUUGUGCUUUACCAACCGGAACCUGUUGUGUGUUGUGAUAUGGGGGGAUGGAUGCCAUCUUGAUUUUUAUCUGUUAGUUUUACAUUUUGCCUUUGUUGAGUAUGCCUAUAUAAUUAAAAUCGAGCUUUUCUGCCUCAGAGAAUUCCCUUUAAAACAGGGUUGCAAAGACUCGAUCAGUAUCAGCGUCCCACUUGGAAGGACCACCCUUAUGGGCCUCAGGAAAACGCCACCUUUGAAGUGAGGCAGAAGAAAAGAAGCAUUCAGAUGGGGUUUCUGCUCAUUUUUCCAUGGCCCUUCAAUAAACCCGUUUUAUCCUGUGAUGAAAGGAGGCCUUCUGAGGAAGCGUUGUUGGCUGAAAGAAAUGAUCCUGAGACCCACUGAGACCAUGAAUACCAAUAAAUGAUAAAAUGUGGUUUCUUAGGGCCUAAGAGACUUGAGAGCAGUUUGCAUCUUAGUGACAGAAUCAUUGUAAUAUUUGUAUCCUGGUAAUUAUUUAAUAUCCUUUGUGCUAUGAAGCCCCCCCACCCCCGUGACUUUUGUAUAUGUAUUUCCUUGUGCUAUUUAACUAGCUCCAAAGAGGCCGAACAUGGCUUGUGCAUGUUCUAAUAGUGUGAUGCACAGCCCUCCUCGCCUUUACAGUCAGUGUGGUGAGGAAAAGCCAUGAAGGUAAUAUGGCUGUCAGUGGUGAAUGCAGAGACGCCUGUAAUCUUUCCUGUGUGCCUCUGUACAAACAGAAGGUAAUAGAUUUGAGGUUUUUAAAACAACCUCUGUAAAUUGAAAAAGGCAUAUUUUUGUAUUUAUUAAGUCUACUGUGGACCAAUGCCACUUAGGUUUGGAGCAUUGUAAGUCAAACUUAUCAGUCUCCAUUUCCUGAUGGGAUGGAAUUCACUUUCUCAGUUGGAGAAAACACGACAAGAAAUGCAGUUGUUGGGAACAUCUGGUGUGUUCAUGGAGACCUGGGGUUGCAACCCUCUGGCAUUUGGUGGUUUGGAUGGAUAUUAACUCACCUUCACAGACAGUGCAUUUUGGCAUGGUUUAUCUCGACUGAAUGCCAGCUACCACUUUUCUCUACCUUCCCUGCCAAAGGCUCAGAGGGUAAGACUGCAGUCAAGAAAACCUAAAGAUACGUAUUGGCUCCUAGGAAAGGCAAACAUAGUGAGGUAAUGAAUUCUUUUCAGAGAAGUUCUGCUUAAAGUAGAUAGCCAUGCAGUGCAGAUUGCUUUUUUCUACAGAAAAAGCAAGAAUGCAGUAAGCUGCCCACAUCUUUCUUAGCAAUAUGCUAAAGUACCAGCGUGGGCAGAGCCUGGGCAUAGGAACCAGCAAGGAUGAACUACUCACUGAGCUCUCUGAGAAGGACCAUAGGCUCCUUCUCUAGACCCUUGCAGAAGACUUACGGGCAGGCCUGGUAUGCCUGGCCUCCCACCCUGUUCUCCAUGCUUCUGGAGAGGAUUUCAUGACUCAGUUGAAAACAUUUCUCUCUCUUUUCUUCCUUCCUUCCUUCCUUCCUUCCUUCCUUCCUUCCUUCCUUCCUCCUUCCUUCCUUCCUUUCUUUCUUUCUUUCUUUCUUUCUUUCUUUCUUUCUUUCUUUCUUUCUUUCUUUCUUUCUAAAUUUAAAUUUCUUUUAUCUUUGAAGUUUUUCUGUUGGUUCAGGCAGUCUUAGAAGAAAUGAAGACCUAACUCUCUUGUCCCUGCAUGUAUGUGAAUUCUUGCUGUGAAUGAGUCUUGACCAUCCCUCUAUGUGACACAAACUCACCUUCUCUUGUAGAUUUGCAUGUACUGUUUGGAGGAAAUCUCUUGCCUAUCUAAGAGGGGGCCUGAGGAUUCAUCCCUGCUCGUGUCAGAUUCCCUGUGGGUCAGUCUUAGGAACAUGGAGACUUGUGUCCAACCUGUAGUGACAUAGGUGGUCCCUACUCUGCCAUCUGUGUUCAAAACACAGAAGUCCCAUGCCUAGGAUGCUCCUACCUAGCUGCCUUUUUCUGAAUAUGUCAUCUACACAGCAACAGUGACAUUAAACAGGUAACAGUGAGGCGUGGGGGGCAUAUACUUUCUAUGUAGAGAAUUGUUGACUGAUUCUCAUGAGCUCAAAAAAAAAAAAAUGCUGCUUCUAGUGUGCAAAGUUUCCAGGUACCUUUUAGUUCCUCAUAAAGUUGCAGAGUCUGAGGUUCCUCUUGCUGUCUGGUUUUAUCAGCACCAACCCCAUAGCAGGGCCAGCUGGGCAGAGUCUAGUUUGGUGGACACAUGAAGUUUGCAUGACAGGGGGCUGGGGCUAGGGGAGGAGGCUUCAGCAGCCGCAGUGGGGCGACAUAGCACUUGAUGUGUUGUUCAUAACCCCCGCUGCCCUAGAAACGUGUCCUUAGCCUCCCCCUCUUCAGACGAGUGAGGUCUUUUGUGCUCCUGAAUGGACUUGAGGGCAAGGGCUGAAUGUUGAGUCUGGUGCGGCAUAUAGUCUGGAUCUGAGCAGGUGACAGAUCUGCCUCAGGUGCACGCCAGGCAGGAUGCAGGCAUAACAGAUCUCUUCUCUGGGCUUUCUGACUCCUAAAAUCUAUUGUUUCUCUCUUCUCAGCAGACAUCUUUAAAAUAAUCAGUUUUAUGUGGUUGAGAAAGUAAUUUGGAAUGUCUGACCUAUCAAUGUUUAUGUAGACAUUGUCUCUGAAAGAAAGUAGCAUCAGUGUUAGAUCUAGAAUUUUCUUCUAAAAGGGGAUGUUGUAUUGGAUUUCUUGCUGAUCAGUAUAGCAUUGGAUAUAAGUUCUCAGGCUUUGGAACUUUUCUUUUUCCCUUUCUAGUUUUCUCCUAAGAGUAAAGGGGUGGAGGGGGCCCAAGCCCAUUGAGCUCAAAGCACUAGCCACUGCACAGAAUCAAAUUUAGACCAUAGGUUCUUGAACAGUAUGUUUGUGUCAUUAGUUUACCUUGUCUCCCUCUUUAUUGGCCUUGGUUAGGGGUUCAUAUCACUUGGACUGUGGAGCGCUAGCAGAACUUGUCUGGCUGUGGUUAUGGUAAGAACAUGUCUGGAGCCACCUCAGGGGUGAAAGCUUUGUUUUCUUUCGUAAUUGUGUCUGAUACCCCAGCAGGAAGUGCCUGGCCCCUCCUUUUUAAUCAGAAACCCAGGGAAUCUGCCUUGGAGAAAGGUCAGUGAAGGGAGACUUGUGGUCACACCAGCCCAAGGCAGGGCCAGGCCUGCUGGACGCUGCUUUCUUUUACCACCCAGCUUUGCUUCA